AGGUGGGUUUUGCAAAUUCCCCAAUUCACGAUACAUUGAAAAUGCUCUAAUUCUUCUUCUCGUCCGCUCUCCGACUGCCUCCUAUCGCGUAUCGCCGCCGCCGAGAAUUUCCUCCAAUUCAUACACAGGAUUCUAGUUCUCUCCCCAACAGGCAUCAUCAGCAGUCACAACUUCGUAAAUUUUUUGAUUUCUUCUGGACACUGUUGUUCAUGCUUAUUCUCGACUUGGUAGGUGAUUGAUAUUAUACAUGGAGGCCAAGUUCUUCCGCUUUCUUAAGAUUGUUGGAGUCGGUUUCAAAGCUAGAGCAGAGGCCGAAGGGCGUCUCCUGUACCUAAAACUUGGUUAUAGCCAUGAGGUGGAAUUGGCUGUGCCUCCUGCAGUUCGUGUAUUCUGCUUCAAAAACAACGUAGUAUGCUGCACUGGGAUUGACAAGGAUAGGGUGCACCAAUUUGCUGCUGCUGUUCGGAGUUGCAAGCCUCCUGAGGUUUACAAAGGCAAAGGUAUUAUGUACAUUGAUGAGGUCAUAAAGAAAAAGGAGGGGAAGAGAUCAAAAUAAGAGGCUCUAUGCUCUGCAUAUGCUACUCUAGAUUUUUAAUAAGUUUGGUAUACAGAAUUCGAUAUUGUUUCCUGGCUGACGGUUCUUUUUUUCAUUGAGGAUAAACUUUUAGAAUGUCUCCAUGUUUAUGAUUCAUGACUAGACUGUAUUAGAUCAAGCCUUUUAACAGGCUGUAUGUCUGAAGAUAUUUGACAUCUUUCUUCAAUCAACUUUGAGCCUGAAAGUGACUUGAAUAGUUGACUACUCCACAGGUUACAGUAUUUCUUUUGGUUUAA